AUGGCUAGCGAAUCCCCAUCGACCUCGACACCCGACGCCUUGCGCUGGAAGCCCCCACUCCCGCCCGCUGUCCCUGUCGCGUUCACCGACUCCAGGCCUGUCUUAGCCGCGAACGGCUCUCCGCGCAUCGUCAACUGGGACCCCCGUAUCUUCCAACGUGGACAGCAGGGACAUCCUUACCAGCAUAUAUCUCAGUCCCAAGCUCCACGUCUACCUUUGCCAUCGAAACCCAGACUAGCAUCGACGCAUGCUGCGACCUUGCAACCAGAACGCGUCGCUCACAAAGUGAUACCGCACAAGGGUCCGCUCCCACAGGGCGCAUUCGAUACUCUCAAAUUCUACUUCGACAAUAUCUCCCAGACCCCAGAUGCCCCCGCGCGCGCGAUGCUCGGAAAACGCGUGAGCUCCAUGCCUGGUCUGGCGCACUACACCGCGCAGGACGUGUGCAACUGGUUCGCGACGGCCCGCAAGAAGCAGAGACGGAGAGAGAGGGCAAACCCGGUCUUUCGUGCGCGCGAGUUGCCGCCUCAGGUCGCACGGAAGGAGAACCGAGAGCAGGCGAAGAUAGGCGUUGCUGUCGAAUCCAAGCCGGAUGCGUUGGGGUGGUUGUGUUCUGCGCAUUCGGACAUCAAUGUGCCAGUGCCACAGGACAUCAGGACUGUUUUGUUCACGCAGCUCACCGAACUUAUGCGCGAGGACCCGAACCCCUCACCAGAGGUCGCGCAGCGCUGGGCUGAGCGGCUCAGGCCUAGAAUGUCUAUGACGUAUGUGCUGGGGUUUACGAGACCGUGGAGAACGAUGAAUCCGCAGCAUAAUAUACGGGCGACGCAGGUUGGCAGUGUGCGAUCCGAGCCAGGGCACGCGCCCUUGCCUUCGUCCGAGCCGUCCAGUUUGACUUCGCAAGGGCUGUCAAGAUUGCCUGCGACAACGACUACUCCGCCUGCACGCCAAACCAGGUCGCAUAUUCCCCCUCCUUCGAAUGGUUCUGUUCCUGCGACUUUUUCGUCUAAUCCUGGAAGGUCUGUCGAUGAGCCCACAAAUCAGUCGAACGAAGGUGAUGAUGGGCAAGGCACGUCGAGUAGCAGCUAUGCCAUCAAUGACGACGUUGCUCACCCUCAGCGUCCGACAAACAUGAACAUUGCGUCAGAGCACGAAGACGCCAACAUUGCAGAUGAGUCGACUGCACCCGCACGAGCACCUGGUGCCUUCUCCAACCACUCUAUAUCGCCCGUCGAUGGUUCACGUGCCUCCAUCCUUGACAUCGGCCAGUUGGCCGCUAAUCUGCGCAUGGCAUUUGCUCGGUCGCUCGUCGAAGAGCGUCAUCGCUGUCCGAGGACGUUCGUCGAGUUUGGGGCGUGGCUCGAGUCGCUACAGUAG